GAGACCGACCCCAAACCCCGCGAGCUGGGACCCGAGGAGGGCGCCGGAGCCCCCCGCAAGCUGAAGACCUGCAGUUCCAUGACCAGCCACGGGAGCUCCCACACCUCCGGCGUGGAGAGCGGCGGCAAGGAGCGGCAAAGGAUGAUGGUGAGGAACCGGCCAGAAAUCGAGAUGCUGGUGGAUGACCCUCGGGAGCUGGAGCAGGCUGGUGAGAUGGAGGUGAGCCCCGACAUGUGCGUCUACAUCACAGAGGACAUGCUGCUGUCACGCAAGUUCAACGGGCACUCGGGGCUUAUCGUAAAAGAGAUCAGCUCCUCCACCUCCAGCUCCUCGGAGACGGUGGUGAAGCUGCGGGGGCAGAGCACCGACUCCCUACCCCAGACGACGUGCAGGAAGCCGAAGACGUCGACGGACCGGCACAGCCUGAGCCUGGAUGACAUUCGGCUCUACCAGAAGGACUUCUUGCAGUUGGCCAACCUCUGCCAGGACACAGCCCAGAGCUACACCUUCGGCUGUGCCCACGGGCUGGAGGAGGAAGGGCUCUACUGCAACGGCUGCUUGGCCCAGCAGUGCAUCAACAUCCAGGAGACCUUCCCCGUCAAAAGAACCAGCAAAUACUUCUCGUUGGAUCUCACCCACGAUGAAGUCCCCGAAUUCGUCGUCUGA